UUAGGAGAUAAAUUAGUUCGUUGGGAUAAACAAUAUGGCUCUCUCUUUAGAGUUCAUGCUUUUUUAAAUCGUACAUUCAUUAUUACAACCGAUCCUAAAACAGUCCAAAACAUUAUGACUACUCAUGCAUAUGAUUAUAGAAAAAGUAGACAACUACCUCA